AGUUAGCCGUAUCUGCAGGCAUGGUCGCUGCCGGCCGUGGUGGCGCGCACCGGGGCAUGGCCCGCCCGAAGCGUCGCGGCGGUGGCCGCGGUCCCGGUGGCGGGGAGGGGGCCCUGAAGCGGCUGCGGCUGGCCGUGGAGGACUUCGUGCGGGCUACCUCCGAGAGCGAGGCCCCAGAGGGCCGGGAGGGCGGCGGCGCUGCGGCACGCUCCCGGCCCGGCGGGCGAAAGAGCCGCAAGGAGCUUCGGAAGCAGAAGCGACACCUGAGGAAAGCGCGGCGCCUGCAGAGGACGGGGGGCUCCGGGGGCGGGGACCAAGAGGGUAGCGUCGGCCCUACCGGCGGCCGGGAGGCUCCCCCGCCCUCCGAGGCGCGGCCGACCCCCGCCAAGGCCAAGGCUCCCUCCGCUAACCUGAAGGCCGCGGCGACCCAAGCGAAGGCUAAGACGUCCGCUUCCACGGCUACGGCGAUCUCUACUAAGGCCAAGGCUAAAGAUGCUCCCGGGACUCGCGGUCCCGCCGCCGCCGCCGCCGCCCGGAAGCGGGCACUUCUAGCGGCCAACGAGGAGGAGGACCGAGAGAUCCGAAAGCUGGAGCGCUGCCUCGGUCUCAACAAGCGCAAGAAGAAGGGCGACGGCAGCUCGGUGCCGCUCAGCUUCGCGCGCGACGGGCUGGAUUACAUUCUAGGGGCCCUGGAAUGUGGCAGAAGCGGCGGCCUGUACGAAAGCAGUGAGGAGGAGGAGGAAGAAAAGGGGGACACUGGACAGACACUCAUGGAGAGUGACCUAGAGGACAGUUCCGAGGAAAGUGGGGAGGACUCAGACUCGACAGAGCAGCGGGAGGAUCAGGAGGAUGCAAGCUUGCAAAAUGAGAAAGAAGCAGAAAGUGGAACUCUAGCAAGUAAAGGGAGGAAGACAGUCCGUUUUGCAGAGGCGGUAGAAAAGAGCGAAAGUUCUUCGGAAGAUGACUCAGAGCACCAGGAGAGUCACUGUGGUGAAAAGUACAUCCCACCUCGGUUGAGGGUCGAGGAGACAGUGGAUGCCCAUAAGAAAGAAGAGCUAGAAAGGCUGAAGAAACACGUUAAAGGCCUAAUUAACAGGUUGAGCGAGCCAAACAUGGCAUCUAUAAGUGGGCAGCUGGAAGAGCUAUACAUGGCCCACAGCAGGAAGCACAUGAACGACACCCUGACCGCUGCCCUCAUGGAUGCCUGUGUCACUGCCUCAGCCAUGCCCAGCAGACUGAUGAUGGAGCACGUCCUCUUAGUCAGCAUCCUUCACCACACAGUUGGGAUAGAGGUUGGUGCUUGCUUCCUUGAGGCUGUGGUGAAGAAGUUUGAUGCCAUCUAUAAAGAUGGAGGUGAGGGGAAAGAACUGGACAACCUGUUUACCAUGAUUGCCCAUUUGUACAACUUCCACGUGGUACAGUCUCUCCUCAUCUUUGACAUUUUGAAGAAGCUUGUUGGAACUUUUACGGAAAAAGACAUUGAGCUGAUCCUGUUGAUGCUGAAAAAUGUGGGCUUUGCAUUGAGAAAAGAUGACGCCUUGUCACUUAAGCAGCUGAUCACAGAUGCCCAGGCCAAGGCCAGUGGGGCAGGCAGCAAGUUUCAGGACCAGAACAGGGUACGGUUCAUGUUGGAGACCAUGUUGGCUCUGAAGAACAAUGACAUGCGUAAAAUCCCUGGCUAUGAUCCUGAGCCUGUGGAGAAACUAAGGAAGUUACAGAGAGCACUGGUACGCAGUGCUGGCUCUGGUUCUGAGACUCAGCUCCGAAUCUCCUGGGAUGGCAUCUUAAAUGCGGAACAGACUGGCCGUUGGUGGAUUGUGGGGUCUGCAUGGAGUGGGACCCCAAUGAUCGACAACAGUCAUCAAACACAACUACAGAAGCCACUUGCAGGAACGGUUAGCUCCAAGAUGCUGGAGCUUGCAAGGAAGCAGAGAAUGAACACUGAUGUCAGGAGAAACAUAUUCUGCACUAUAAUGACAAGUGAGGACUUCUUGGAUGCUUUUGAAAAGCUGCUGAAGCUUGGGCUGAAAGACCAGCAGGAGAGAGAGAUUGUUCACAUCCUCAUGGAUUGCUGCCUGCAGGAAAAAACCUACAAUCCUUUCUACGCUUUCCUGGCUAGCAAGUUCUGUAGCUAUGAAAGGAGAUUCCAGAUGACUUUCCAGUUCAGCAUAUGGGACAAAUUUCGGGACUUAGAAAAUUUGACGUCCACUAAGUUCUCAAAUCUGGUUCAUCUGGUGGCACACUUGUUGAAGACAAAGUCACUUCCACUUUCUAUCCUAAAGGUGGUUGAAUUCAGUGAAUUGGAUAAACCCAGAGUCCACUUCCUACGGAGAGUGUUGACUGAGCUGUUGAUGGAAACAGAAGAAGAAGACCUGGGUUUAAUUUUCUCAAGAGUAUCUGAAAACCCAAAGCUGAGGAUGCUGCAAGAAGGCCUGAAACUCUUCAUUAGCCACUUCCUGCUGAAGCACACACAGACUCUCCAGAGUGCUGAGGAAGCCAGUCUGCUGAGAGAGCGGGCAGGCCUUGCAUCCAAGUCUUUACAAGGCAAAGCCAUACUGAGGAUGUAGCCAAAGGAUAGGGAACAUUUGACCAAGAGAUGUCAUUUAUGAAUUCAAAGACCUGUUCCAUCUCUGUAAGAACAAGAAGAAUUAUGCCAUGUUCUGUCAUGGUUUAAAUACUAUAUUUUCAGAUUUUUUUUAAAAUCUAGGGUUGUACUGUGUAUUUCAAAUGUAUAUGUAUGUAUAUAGCAGAUCAAAAGGAAGGGAGAGAGAAGAUGGAGCAUUGAGCCAUGAGAAGAGGCAAGAUCAUAAAUUGAUGAGGUUGUUUUGUUUUGUUUUAUGGUAUUUGUUUUGUUUUGUUAACCUUCUGAAAUAUUGGUUAAAAGUUCAGACAAUUGGCCAAGCAUGGUGGUGCAUGCCUCUAAUCCCAGCACUCAGGAGGCAUAGGCAGGCAGAUCUAUGAGUUUGAAGCCAUCCUGGAGCUGGAGUCCCAGGUAGUUGUGAGCUGCUAGUGUGGGUGCUGGGACCCAACCUCAGGUCCUCUUAGAAUAGCACACACUCUGACCACUAUGCCAGAUCUCCAGCCCCAAAUGUGUCUGUUACUGUUUGUUUUGGGUUUGUUUUUGGACAUAGAGUAUCUUCUUGUAAGCCUAGCUGUCCUGGGAUUCAAUAUGUAAAUAAGGCUAGCCUCUAACUCACAGAGAUCCACCUGCCAUCCCUUUUCCUACCCCAAAUGAUAGGGAUUGAAGGUGUGUGCUAUCAUGCCAGGCUCCAAAUAUGUUCUUUUUUAAAAAAUGUAUUAUAGCUACAUUUGAAAAGUACUACAAGGUGCUGAGACAGCAACUUUCUCUCCCUCUCUCUCUCUCUCUCUCUCUCUCUCUCUCUCUCUCUCUCUGUGUGUGUGUGUGUGUGUGUACAGGUACGUGUGUACUUGUAUACUUAUUACAAUAAAGGUUAAGAACAAUGUAUAAACUAGGUGUGGUAGCGCACAUCUUUAAUCCUAUCACUUGGGAUGCAGAGUCUGAUGGGUUCAAAGCAAACCUGGUCCAUAUAGCAAGUUCCAGGGCAGCCAGGACUACAUAAAGAAACCCUGUCACAAACAGCAAAUAUAUGUAUAGAUUCACUUUUUAAAGGGGGGGAUUUCAUCUAUAAAGAUGUAAACUUUAUUUAAAAAUAAACUUCAUUUGAGCUCUU